AGGAGCGAACCGAUCCCUGAUAUUUCUCUAGCGACAAAUUUAAGCGAUCCUUGAAUAAGAUCACGUUUUUCCUCGUUCAAGCUUUUUUAGACCUACAAAGUAGUUUAUUACCUACCCGAGAGGCGUGGCGUGUCGUCGACUGCUUUCUGUAUUCCGACGCGCACUCGAUCUCUAAACACCGUUUUUUAAUACAAUCACGCUCACUUUUUCGUGCUCGUCGCGUUUUUUUUUUUCGACUAGACAAGUAUAUUCUAUACCCCCUAUUAAUUACGGCGAGGACUCUGACACUUUCCCAAUUCCCCUGCCAGUUUUGAAGGAAGUAUAGUAUUUCAUCUUAACAGUAACAGAACCCUUUGCAACUGUUAAUAUAUCGAUAGCAUAGGUUUGUCCUGUUCUUCCUGUGACUUUGCGGCAGAACCAUGCCGAACAGUCGUCACGAGCACGCGCGUGGCUACGUGGGCUCUGCCUUCCAGCCGACGGCACAUGCUGAUGAGGAAACGUUGCUGCUCGCCAAGUAUAAUGACGGGGCCCGGGACACCGUCGAGGGGAACCUGAAAUGGACCCAAGCGGAGGCCGUGGAGCAGGUGCAGAUGAUAAACCGAGCCUACCGCAAGCAGGCCGCCGCCGAAAUCGAUUCCGACCUGAGUGACGAAGAAGCUGCACCGGAAGUCUACACGUACGAAGAGUACCACGACAAAAUAGACAAGGUCUGGGAAAAGACGGACUGGAAUGCCAGGGGGGACGAACAAAUCUAUAAGCUGUCCACGUUCGGAGCAAUUACGUCGCUGCUCGCAUGUAUCUUAAUAUUUCCAUUUUUUGUCUUCAUCAAAUACAAUUUGCGAGUAUACUAGGUAGUUCUUGUUGACCUUGACGGUUUACAACUCGUCAGCAAACUGAAAGAACUGUCUAUUCAUGCUAAAAAUCAUUAGAUAUUUGAAUGAUUUUUCAAUCAUGUGAUUUGAUUUUCCACCACUCCACCUCCACACAGCGAUUUUCGGCGUGGGCAUUUUGGAGCAGCCGAAGGCCGUGCAGGGGAGCGGGUUCCUGGCCGGUAUGCUGGCCUUGGUCUUGUCCACGGUCGUGUCCUACUAUGGGGGCGUGUACCUUGGCUUGGCCGCGCGCAUGACCGGGAAGAAGUCCUUCGGGGAGAUUUCUCGCGAGGCGGGCGGUGCGUUUGGCGUCUUCCUCUCGGUGUACGCCCUGCUGGGGCUGUGCAUUUUGGCGUCCGUCGCCUACGCGGUGUCCUGGUACCGCUACACCAUGUAUGGAUUGCAAAAAUGUCCGGGUCUGGAAAAUUGCAACUUGUCAUGCUGUCUUUGGAUUCCAAAAAAAUCUGUAUUGCGUGACCAGCAACAGGGGUCCAGUUUGUGUUACGCGGAGACGGCAUUUCUCAUGCGGAAUAGGCAUCAGGAAGCCCUCUAAAAAUCUGUGAUGCUAGAUCACGCAUUACAUGAAUCAUGGAUCAUACAAAAAUUGCAUCACAAAUCCCGGAAUCUUCCAGACCCAGACAUUUUUACAUUUGAUACCAUGGAGCUGUACGUGCGCGCGGGCUGGCUGACCAGCGACCAGGCGGGGAGCACGGACAUUAUCUCCGCGCGGUCGCUGGUGAUCACGCUGAUGCUGAUGCUGCUGUACCCGGUGUGCUGUCUGCGGGACCUGUCCGCGCUGGGCACCGUGUCCACGGGCGCCGCCGGCGUGUACGUCAGUUUGUUGUUCCUCAUGUUCUACUACUGGGUCAGCGACUACCUGAAUCAGUCGGAAGAGGGCUGGAACAGCACCAUCCGCAAGGACUGGACCCCGCAGCUGGACGCCGACGGGAAGGUGGCCGACGUCGCGGCGUUGAACCACCCCUGUAACAACAUGUUCGACUACAAGUUGGAGUGGGUCUACUCCGGCGACUGGAAGGCGCUUUUCUCCGCCCUGGCGCUCAUGAACACCGCCUUCGCCUGCCACUUCUCCUGCGUCGACGUCUUCGGCAAGGAGCUGAAGAACCCGACCAGGAAAGUCAUCAACAAGGUAGACUGGAUGUUAAUGAUGUUCUAGAGGGAUCAUUUUAUUUUUACGAAUGUGAAGAUCAAGAUGUCGCUGACUUUUCAAUAUUUAUACGCAUGUGGAAACAAACUACUCCUUGCUUUCUGGAGGGUUGAGUUGUUGUACUAUGUGAAACCAAAAAUGGUAAAUGAUGUUGACCAAGAUGAAGGAACGAACGAUAUAAACAUCAAAAAGAUCCUGGUGUGGACCAUGGGGAUUUCCUUUUUCGUGUAUGGAGCCUUCACCUGCAUGGGAUGGGCGUACGCCAGCAAAUUCCAGGAUUACACAUCAAAAGCACUUUUCACCGCAGACGGCGACAACCAAGUCCUCGACGAUUUCAGCGGUACGAUUUCAGCUCCGAAUAUACUUCUUUUGGGUUUGAUGUUUUGUUCAAAUUUCAUCAUCUUCUUGCUACGCCUUUUUCUAUAGCAAAGUUGUAUUUCAGGGCCGCAAGAACCGAAGACGCAGGUCUACCUCGUCUGCAUUUGCUUGGAGAAGUAGACGCCGAGAAAAUGGAUCUGCAUGCUGUAGCACAAAAAUACAUCUCGGUGCUAGAUUUUUUCGAAUCAAAAUUCACAGCGACGUGCAAGCAGGGUGCGCAGGACAAGAUCUUGGGCAACAUGAGAGAGCCCGGCAUGGAAUUCAACCCCGCUUUGGUCGCUAUCGCGGAGGUUGUGGUGUUCCUCGUGCUGUUCCUCACCUUCCCCCUGUUCAUCAAUGCCUCCCGGUCGACGAUUCACGGUCUCGUUUGGGGCGACAAGCCGAGUAGCAAUGGGCUGCACCUGCUGCAGACCCUGGGGUUAAUCGUCCUGAUCUGGCUGCUGGCGGUCUUCAUUCCGGGCGUGACCACCAUCCUCGCCUACGCGGGCGCGGGUCCGGGCGUCACCCUGGUGCUCAUCCUGCCGGGAUACCUCAUGCUGUGUCUCAACAAACACCUGUCCUUCUGCCACCCUCACCGCAUCGUGCCCCUGCUCGUGCUCAUCUUGGGUAUUUUUAGGCUCUGCAACUUGUUUUUUCUUUUUGUGUUUUCUGUACUUUUUUUUCCAUCCCGCUCUGACGAUCUUGAUCUGCAUCUGUCUGUUUAAAACUUUAUAUCUUGAUCUGUCUAAACUCGUACGCAGCCUUUGUUUAUUGAUGUGUAGGUGGCACCAGCUGCUGCCCGCGUUGGAUUUUUAUAGCUGCACGACCUGGAGGUAGAGGGCGUAGUUCUAGUUCUCAUGAUCCAGAAUUACAAUAUUGAUUUCUCACAACUGCAGGCGUGAUCGUGUCGGCGGGCGGUAUUGCCCUAACCGCCAUGUACAGCGACGAUCUGGAGCGGGGAAUGAACUUGAUGAUCGUGGCUGAUCCUGUGUCGUACUACAACGUGAAGCCGGCGACCGUCAAGAUCGACCUGGGCUCCAACCCGCCCGCCACUGUGUUUCCGGACCAAGCCCCGGACCACAAGGAAAGGGUGCACUGGUUCGACCUUCAGGAGCAGGCCGGUCAGGGGAAAAUUCUUCUGACCGAAGACGUGGACUCGGCGGAAAAGGUGCGGCGCUACGAGUUUCAGCACCGGCUGCCGAGCGAAGAAACCGUGCUGGACUUGAAGACGUUCCCGGGCGCGCUGCAGUACUUCGUAAACCGUCCCCAGCAGAUCGCUGCCAGCGACGCCAUCGCGGCGGACGACAAAUCUGCCUACACAAACUGGUGGAAGGCCGCCUCCCGGUGCAACAAGAUCAGAGUGAUCACCACCGCGCAAAUAGCUGCCGCUGAUACCAAGAUUCAGGAACUUACUCUGGAAAUCGCGAAUAACCCUGCCAACAAGGACGAACUGCAAAGGGAGCUGGACGACGUCAACAAGGUCCGCACGCAACUCGGAUCAGACCAGGCAAAGAUCUGCAUUUGAAACGACCCGACGAGAGGAUGAUGAGGCGGUUCUUUCAUUUAUGGGAGGGCCAGCAGGCCUAUUCUGCACACGUGUUCUGCGCAAAUUAGAAACAUCGGCAGCUCUUUCAUCGUCAAUAUCUUCAUUCAGUUAUAGAUAUCUAGUGAUUGAGACUUCAGAUGAAAAUACGACGAGAGUAAUCUAAAAUGCAGGACUUUUUUGAACAAUUGGUGAAACGCAUUGGAAAUGACUCAAAAAGCUGUGACGGUGAAUACUCACUCACGAGACACCAGACAGGCGGGGCACAGGGAAAAUUAGAAAUUUUAGCACGAACAAAUCUCUGUCGCUCUGGUGGAGCAUGUACCCACCAAGUAUAGCUGCGCUGUCACCCUUUCGAAUCUGCUGCUACGAUUCUUGUCAAAUGCAACAUUGUGUGUGCAUGAAGGAAAUCAAGAAGAAAGCACAAGAGAUUUAAGGGUGAAAGUAGAGGAUGCAACGACAAAUGAACUUGAUCGACGUAGUUCACUACCAC